AUGCGGAGUGCACAUUUACCACCACAUUUGGCAAUCCGUGGUGGAUCCUGUAAACAUUGGAUCGUAACCGCUACGAACCGAAGUGAAAGUUAUCAUUCUUUUUGCGCAUCCCAACAACAACAUCAUCAUCAAAGCUCAGAGAGUAAUUUAUUAUCUUUAUCAUCAUCAUCAUCAUCUUCUACUUCCUCCCCUUCUUCUAUUGCAAACACGACGGUUCGAUUUCGUAUUGAUCAUUUAUUACCAAACGAUUGGAGUGAACUUUUGCGUCAUUGUCGUUCUCUAACAUCAUCACCAUGUGAGAGUUUCACAUAUUCCUCCCCUGGUGACAUGGCGACUAUAGUUGGGGAUGUGAAUAGCAGUUUACCUCCAACACAACAAGAACAAGAACGGUAUAUACUGAAUACUGCUUUUAUACAUAUUGUGAAAAGGGAAAAGGAUGAUUUUGUACCAAACAAUAUGAUAUAUCAUGAACUUCAACAACAAUACGUAGUUUCUUCCUCUUAUAAUACAACAGUGGAUGAAAGGACAUUAGAGUUUUCUUUAUGGUUGCAGCAACUACAGAAAGGGGAAGAGUGUACUGUUUCUCAGCAAAAUGAGAGUAUACAUGCUAGUAGAGAUCCAUUGGUAAAUAAUCCACGUGCUUUGGAAGAAGGAGAAGCGAAUAGGCGUGUAUGCACUGAAGACUUUUCCCAUACUUGUAGUGAGAAAAAAUCAAAUGUUGAGAAGGAAUCUAUUUUCACAUUCUUUCCUCAUCAUGUUAUCGUAUCAAAUUGUAUUCCCUACCGCUCCAAACACUUUGUUGUUUUGGUGAACCACAAACCGAUUGUGCCUGGACACUUAAUGGUUGUGCCUAUUCGUUGUGUGGGAACCAUUCACGCGCUAUCCGAAGAAGAAGUGAAGGAUUGGGGUCGAGUGAUGUAUCGAACGAUACAAGUUUUAAAACGAGUGGCCGCAGCCAACAACAACAAGAAUAAUAAUAAUAAUAACAAGAAUACAAACGAUAAUAAUAAUAAUAAUAAUAAUAAUAAUAAUAAUAAUAAUAAUAAUAAUAAUAAGAAUAGCAAUAUCCCUGAUUAUUCUAGUUGUGGUUCCGUACCUGCAGUUGAUAUGGAAGGUGGAUUUAGCAUUGCCGUCCAGCAGGGUGAACUCGCUGGGCAGACCGUACCGCAUCUCCACACACACGUCAUUCCAUUCGAUCCACGUGGGAAACUGGCCGGAGAGCCGGAGAAUGAUGAAGUUCAGCAGCGGCGAUUGCCCCGCAGUGGAGAGCAAAUGCGGGAAGAGACAGAGAUGCUGAAACCAUACUUUGACUUUGUGGAAGCUGCCGAAGCAAGUAUAGAAGAGUGUACAAGUAACCCAGGAGAAGGAGAAUGA